AUGGCAGCAGCGGUAGCACGCCCUCCUCCAACAUCCUCAGCUCCCAUACCGUCCGUAAGACCCGCACCGCUCCCUUCAACCCCGUCGACCUCCUCCGAACCUCAAGAAUCCUCAGAUCCAGGCGUAGAUGUAGGGGUACUAAAGGAAUUAGCAAGGACCGGCCUGGUGGAGGCGCUCAAUGCCGUUCCUGGGGCAAAGACGCUGGUCCUCGACCCGACCCUUGCUGGUCCACUGGGGCUCAUAACAGAAGUCUCGCUGCUGAAGCAACACGGAAUUGAUAAGAUGUUCUGGCUGGAACCGGGUGCUCUGAGCGCAAGCACGCAGAAUGUAGUCUAUCUUUGCCGACCUCAGAUCCGGUGGAUGAAGAUAAUCGCAGAACAGAUCAAACACCACACAUCGCUCUCCGAACGACACACCUACAACCUCCUUCUGGUACCCCGGCGGACCGUCCUCUGUGACCGGAUACUGGAAGAAGAAGGCGUCUUUGGCGACCUGCAUAUCUCUGCGCUCAAGCUCGAGUUCAUCCCGCUCGAGGAGGACGUGCUAUCUUUAGAGCUGGAGGGCACAUACAAGGAGAUCUUCCUCGACGACGACCACACUUCUCUAUACUACAGUGCCCAAGCCCUUAUGACGAUCCAACAAGCCUUUGGCCUCUUUCCUCGCAUCCUAGGAAAAGGCACAGCAUCUGCCCGACUAUGCUCCCUCCUUCAAAGAAUGCGCACUGCCGGGCUUGCGGAAGACCCCACCUCCCCUGCGCUCUCCCUCCCCAGCACGGUCGUGGACUCGUUGGUCAUCAUUGACCGAGCGACUGAUAUGAUCACCCCACUCUGCACGCAGUUGACGUAUCAAGGGCUCAUCGACGAGCUUAUCGGGAUCAAGAACUCAUACGUAGAAGUCGACGCCUCCCUGCUCUCUACAGGCCCUCAGGCUGCCUCGCAAUCCGCUACCACACCUUCACUUGGCGCCAACCCCACCGCUCCCCAACAAAAGAAGAAGAAACAUCUUCUCGCCGCCUCGAGCGACCCCGUCUUCUCCCAACUACGAGAUCUGAACUUUGCCAUCGUUGGGUCGAACCUCAACCGACUGGCAAAGAGGCUGAACGAGGACUAUGAGGGGAGACAUAAAGCGCAGACGGUGGAGCAGUUGAGGGAUUUUGUGGGGCGUUUGGGAGGGCUGCAAACGGAGCAUCAGGCGCUUAGGUUACAUACGGGCCUGUCGGAACAGAUCGUCCCGAUGACUCAGACGGAGGUAUUCAACAAAUCGUUGGAGAUACAGCAGAAUUUGAUCGCUGGAUACGACGUCAACGCGCAAUUUCUCGCUAUCGAAGACCUAAUCAACCGUUCCGCCCCGCUCCACGUCGCCCUCCGCCUCCUUUGUCUCUUUAGCAUCACCGUCGGGGGAAUCAAAGCCAAAGCUCUGGAAAGCAUGAAACGCGAGAUCCUCCAGAGCUACGGAUACGAGCACCUCACGCUUCUCUUGCACCUGGAGAAGCUCGGCUUGCUCUGCAAAGCUCCUGGACCACAUGUGUCAUUACCGGCGUUACGGAAACAUCUCAGGUUGCUGGUGGAUGAUGUCUCUGAACAAACGCCGACAGAUAUCGCCUAUGUCUACUCGGGUUACGCGCCGCUGUCCAUAAGGCUCAUACAGUGCGUGACGAUGAAGCCUGCGGUCGUAGCGGCCGAAAUGGGGGAGAAGGCGCUCGCGCCCGCUGGGCUGGAAUCGAAGGAAGGGAAGAUACCGGGAGUGUUGCCUAGGGCACAUGCGAUCGUUGGCUGGAAAGGGUUUGAGGAGAUCGUCAGGCAAGUACCGGGAGAUACGGUUGACGUGGUACAGAAGCCUGAAGGGGACGGGACGGGGAAGGUUGAUCUGCUGCCCAAAGGUCACUCCACCACGACCGUAGUGUUCUUCCUCGGCGGUUGCACGUAUACCGAGAUCGCAGCUCUCAGAUGGAUGAGUCGUCAAGCCCGAGGUCGGAGAUACCUGAUUUGCACCACGUCGAUCGUUAAUGGCUCGACGUUGAUCGAUAGCUUGUCCGCUGGGGCUUGGAAGCAUAUAUCCGCGUAG